AUGCCGGCACUGGGUCAAGGGUUUGCUCAUCUGGGACGGCCCAAGGAUGCGGCCGUCAAGGCAGCAGCAUCCCUCUUGGGGCCACCCCCAAAGACGCAGAAGAAGCCCGCAGUCCCUGCUCUACCGGAGGAGGUUGCUCGAGACGAGCCACAAGACCCUUUCCAACAAGCGGCGGACCCCAUGUUGGCAGCGCUGUCCCUGCAGAGCACUGCAUUGACCAGCCUGGUGGCGCACCUUGCGGGCCACUCGACAGACCCGCUGAUAGACCUGCAAGGAGGAAGCAUCAGCUCCAGUUCGUCCUCAACCCGGGGGGUCGCCAGGCGGGAGAAGAUGCAAAGCGACCUGGCACUCAGACAGAGCAAUUACUGGCUCGCCUUCCUUCAGCAGCUGUCAAGGAGGAUGAACCCCUCUCGCCCGGUGCCUACCUCCACAGAUAUGGCAAAGGAUUCCGAUCUUUCGUUCCUGGCCUAUCUGGAGAGGCACGGUGCCUACAAGCAGUCGAAGGAGAUCGGCACCAUUCUCUGGGUGCUUGGGUAUAUCGUCGAUGCUGCAAUUGCGCAAGACUUCGAUGGUGUCAGAGAACACCUUGCCCUCUUCGCCACGGCUCUGGAUCAGGCGGCCUUGGACCAAGGAUGGUCAACAGCAUUCCUGGUAACUUUGGCCGAGGAGCCACCAGCGACUUUGUUUGCAGAGAAGGGAACCAGCCUCUCGGACCUGGAUAUCAUGAACUCCAAGAAGCAGGAGAGUCCAUCCAAGAAGGCGAAGUCCAGAUACCACAGAGGUCUUCACGGAGACCGUUUAGGACUUUGUAUUGACGACUAUUUUGCAAUGAGCCUUGAGACCCUGGGCACGCCGUUGCAGGCCUUGGGUGCAAAGCUGAAGAUCGAUCGGGCCCUUGAGGCCUAUCAGCAGGCUGGGAUUCUGGGAAGUCCUGAGAAGGACGUGCUGGCCGAUAAGGCAAAGAUUGUUGGGGCCGUAUGCAACUCAAGUGCGGAGGCCCGCGCCCAGGGUGUUGUUACCUUAGGCGCCCCUACUGAGAAGCGUAUUGCACUUUCAGUCAUCAGUCUGCAGCUGUGCACCUUGACGCACACCACAGACGUCUUACAUGUGUGUUUGACCGGGGGUUGGGCGUCAGCCUUCAUGUUCCGCAGGUCGGUUGCCAACGAGUUUGUCCUUGCGGCAAUCCUGAUGCCGCUUGCGAGCUCAGACUUGAGCGCCGAUUUCAACACACUGCUGUACUGUAGUGACGCCUCCAGCAGGAUGGGUAAGCACCUGCAAGUGCAGGGUCAGUACACAAAGUCCAGCGCCAUGUAUACAGAGGACCUCGCACGAAACCUUGCUCUGGUGCUCCAUGAUGCCAUUUUGGCAAAGAGGGCCCUCGACGAGGACUGGGACGGAGUCACUGAGAAGCGAAGAGAGGUGUUGCUGUCAGCCUUCACGAGGUGGCUGGAAGGACGUGGUGUUGUGGUCGAUGACCUCUUUGUCAACACCUACCAGACUAUAGAGGAAAUCAACACACUGCUGACAGCCUAUGGGCGAGAGCUCCAUCUAGCGGGCCGACCGCUGAAUGAUUUCUCUGAGACGAUAAACUCAAUUUCCAGUUGGAAGCCACAGCUGCGCCGGACCCUUCAGGGCGCCUGGGACCUGGCGUAUAGCUGGGUCAAGACAGAACCG